CUGAAAUUAUUUUCAUCAAAUUCUCGCUUUUUUGACAUCUAGAAUCAAAAGGAAGAAACCCAUGACGAAGGACGUGCCCUCAGAAUUAGUCAGGGACAUACUGUCCCUAUUACCAGUUAAGAGUCUCGUGCGAUUCAAGAGCAUACCAAAGGCAUGGAAAUCAGAAGUUGAAGACCCAAUUUUUGUUAAAUCUCAUCUCCUCCGCCAAUCUACAAGACCUGAUUCCACUCACAAAAUACUUUUUCUUCAGAAAUCUAGAGGCAAUAAGCUUUUCUUAGCAGACAAUGUGGACUUACUUGAUCAUGCUGUAGAAAUAAAACCCAAUUUUAAUGGUAAGAUGAAGGAUUUCGAUGACCUGAUUCUGGUUGGUUCAUGCAAUGGCUUGGCCUGUUUCGUGGAUACUCGUGAAUCUUGUAUAAUUCUUUGGAACAUCUCAGUCGAUGAUUACAAAUACAUCCUCCUUCCCAAAAACAAGAAGUUAGCUUUGAAUGGAGUUCAGUUUCAUGUUUAUGGUUUCGGAUACGAUUCGGUCAAUGAUGAUUACAAGCCUACUGGAAUAUUUGUUUCUGGCACUGUCCAUUGGCUGGGGUUUAAGCAUGGUAAGAUGACUUUGAUAGAUGCAGUUGAUCUUGCUAGAGAAAGGUCUGUGGUGUGGAGGUGCCUUUGCCUGACUGUUUGGUGGACAUGCUCGUGUCCAAAAUGAACAUUGGAGAGCUUCAAGGGUGUCUUAAUGUGACAACCUUAACAACAGUGUGUGGAGUAGAUUUAUGGGUUAUGAAAGAUUACAUGGUGAAAGAGUCUUAGAUGAAACUGUUUUCCAUUCAUGAAGAAUAUUUUUGUAACCCUGUGGGGGUUAUUGGUUGUUCAAGGACUGGAAAAAAGUUUCUGUUGCAUAAAAAGGGCAUGCACCA